ACACAUGACAAGUUGUGAACGCCAUAUGUUUAUGUUUAGAUCGCUAUUUUAAAGAAGAUGGCAUUGAUAAUAUAAUCUAUUCUACAAUGGAAUACUGAUAAAAUUUUUAUUGAAUUUGGUUUCAUUUUCAUGUUAUUACCUAUAUAACUUGCACAAAAAUUGAUUCUUUUUCGUUCUUAAUUAAAAUUUUAACUCAUUGUAAACACAAUGUACAAGAUACCACAAUUAAAAGCCGUGAGUUGUAUGGAUUUAUUACUAGACAUAACAAAUAGGCAAAACUUUAUUUAGAAAUAUAAUUUUAAAAAAGUGUUUCCCUUUGCAGGUCGGUUCAAUUUUGGCAAGGUCUAAGACUGCAAAUUUUCAAUUAGUUGGCCAUCGUCUACAAUCAAUAAACACAUCCACCAAUGAUGUCAAACCCAAGUAAAAAACAAUUUAAGGUAUAAAAUUUAAAAAGUUUUCAAUGUUACUUGCUUUUUAGAUCACAAUUUGUAUUUUACUUAACAAGCACUGUAUUUACUGGUGUUGUGGGUAUAGCAGCCACUGUUGUUUAUUCAAAAUAUGAUCCUAACUUUCGAAAACUUAUAACUAACAAUAUACCAGGUUCAGAUAAGUUCAUAAAAAUAUGUUUAUUUGAAGAUAAAGAAAUUGUAGAUCAAAGUAAGAAAUUAGGAGGUCGUAUUGUUUGUAAGGUAGCACAACAAGUAAAGACAAUAAAGGAAAGGCAAGUUUGAUUUUUUUCACUUAUACUUUAAUCAAACCACAUUAAAAAUGGUAUCAAUUUAUUUUUCUAGUGUUGGUGUUCAAUCGGAUAAUUUUGUUAACAAAACUAUAGAUCAAAGUAACUAAAUUGCUAAUUUAUAAAUAACUUUUAGUGCUAUUAAUCAUGGCUUUAUUUAUUAUUUAUUUUUACAGUACAUUAAAAUAAUACUGCAUAAUAUUAUCUUUUUUAUUAUUAAUUGUUUUUAAUUUACUUUUUAUUUUAGUUAAAUCUGUUACAAAGAGUUUACCUGUUUCUGUUCCUUUGGUUUUAAAUAAAAAAGAAAAAGAAGGUAAAAUCUGAAAUAACAUUGAACUAUUAUGUAUAAUUUACUAUACAUUUUAUAUUUAGCAGAGCCACAACAGAUUAUAAGUAAAAACCAAAAUGAAUCUGUUAAAAAUUAUACAGAAAAAACAAAAUCUAAAGGUAUAUUUUUCUUGCUUUAUUUAUCGCUAUUAACUUUUUUUUUUUUAACUAUUUUAAAAUAAACAAUUUGUAAAUUAGUAAUUACAAUAAUUUGUGGGCGAAAAUAAAUUAUGGCUUGAUAUUGGGUUUAGUUUAAUUUUGAUAAGGUUUUAUUUUCUUUUUCCUAUAAAAUUAGGUCCCAACACCAUUCUCCCUUAAAAUGUGAGGGGGAUGGCCAAUAAUGGUAUCUGAAUUUAGCGUGGAAAUUAAGGGAUUUGGGUGAUUUGUUAGUCGAGAGUGGAAACGUUUGUAUAGUACUUUUGCAGUUUCUUCUACUCUAUUUGUUUUUAAGUCAGUAUGAAGGGUAAGAUUUGAAACGUAUAUUAGGGUAUUUGUGAUCAUAUGAAGACUUAUGGAUUGAAAGGUCUGAAUUUUAUAAAUAUUUGAUUUUUUGGCAGCACCCAAUAGUUGAAUGCCAAAUGGGCAUCAAUAGUUGUAUAGAGGAGUAGUUUAGUUUUUAUACUGAACUUAGAAUGUUUAUCGAUUAAGUAAUGCAGAAAUGUAUGCCUUGAAUUGAGAAGAAGCCAUUUACUUUUAACAUUAGCUGCCAAGGUUAAACACUGGUCUAGUAUUAAGUCUAAGUAGCAAGAGCUUGUAGAUUUUGGGUUAUUAUGUCCAUUUAAGGUGAUAAGUGGAACUAUUCCAUGCUUUAAGGUGAAAGUCAAAUGUACAGGUUUAUCAUGGUUAAUUUUUAUUUUUUACUUAGAGUACCAAGAUGACAUUAGGUCUAAAUGAUUUUGUAGAUUAUAAUCAGCAGUUACUGGAUCAGCGUUUGAGGAGUAGAUUAUUUUAUCAUGUGCAAAAUCCGUAACAAAAGUAUGAAGUGUUGUUGUUUGGUUAGCCGAGUAUAGGUUGAACAAAAUAAGAGAAGAAAUUUUUGUGAAAUAACUGUCUUCAAGGUACAAUUUAAAGAAUAAAUAGUAAGGAGGGGGUAGUAUAUUUUUUAGCUUUUACAAAAGGCCAGGGUUUCAAACUUUGUCAAACACCUGGACUACGUCGAGAAGGAAGGCUGAGCAGUUUCCUUUAACUUAUUUAUAAAAAUUAUUUUAUUGAAGAAAAUGUUGAUAACCCGACCCCAGAACCAGCCAUUGUAGUUACUCCACCCCGUCAAUAUACAUUGGAUGAACUAGAAACUGAAAUCCUUCAAAAAUCUUCAAUGGCCAUUGCUGCUUUGAAAAUUGCUACUGAAGCAAUUAAAGGUGGGUAUAUUAACCAAUUAAUAAUUUUUUCAAUCUAUAUUUUAAUAUUUUAAAAUAAAAAUAGAAUAUUCUAAAAAUAUGUUUAAUCUCAUUGAGAGUGCAACAAAAAAGAUUGACCCGAAUUUCAAUAUUAGUCUUCAAAAGCUUGAAGAUAGAAAAAAUGAAAUUUAUACUAAAGCAUUUGAAGAUUUCAAGAAAUAUGGGUAAUACCAAUUUUAUUUAUAUGAGCCAUAGAGUAUUUUUAAUAAAACAUUUCUAAAAUUAAUUACAGAAAAGAAAUUGCUGAAAAACAAAAACUUUUAAAUAAUUCUAAAUUUGAGGAAAGUCCUGAUAGACUGGCCAAGUCUAUACAUAAAACAAAUGAAGCAUUGGAAGAACUGACUCAUGCAAAUUUAUCAUUGGAAAAUGAAUAUUAUAAUUUGGAUUACAUAAAAAAAUAUGCAACUAAUGUUAAUGAAGCACAGACAAGUUUGAUAGUAAAUUAAUUAGGUAUAUAUACAUUUAGAAAUAAUAGAUUAAAUGUAUAUUUUUAAUUACAGAAAGAAUUUGAGUCCUUAUUUCCUGAUUCAGACCUAACUCAACAUAAAAUUAAUAUAAAAAAUAAUGAUUUUGAUAUUUUUCUUCUGUAUUCAUUAAAAAAACUAAAUUAUUAUCAAGACAAACUUUCUAAACAAGAAGUAAAUACUUAGUAUAUUUUAUUUUAUGGUCUAUUAACAAAAUAAAUGUACAUGAUUUUUUUUAAUAUAGGGAAUUCUUGAUCGUAAAAUUAAUAAUGCAAUGAAUACAGAAUUUUUGAAUAUUGAAACUAUAAAUGAGAUCAAUUCCCGUUUAAAUUCAGAAAUAUAUAAAUUGGAAGAACAAUUUAAUAAACAGGUAUAAAUUAUAUUUAUAUCUUAUUUCUUACCAUUUAAUUAGAUAUAAUAUUUAUAAUGUACAUCCUGUACUGUUGAUUUUUGCUUUUUUUUUUAUUAAAAUAUAUCUAUACAUUUCUCAGUGGUGGCUACCUUUUAUCUCAAGAGUAUACAUACUACUAAUACACAUACUUUAUUGGUAUAAAUUCUUUUCAUUCUUUUCCUGUGCCCUUCAUUAUAUGAUUGUAAUAUUUAUAAUAGGAAUUAUGCUAAUAUAAUAUAAUAUAAUAAUAGCAUAUGAUUAAUUGAUAAUUAUGUAAGAGAUGUAGAUGGAUAGGUUUUUAUAAGGAUUUUAAUACACAUAAUAGAUUGAUAUCUUUGAUUUCUCAUUUCUCAUCUAAGAUUUUUUUUGUGUGUGUGCUAUUAAAGGUUCUAAUUUUUAAAUAUUCAAAUAAAGUCUAUCUAUAAUAUUCAUUUGUUUGAUAAUAAUAAAGUAACAUCUUAAAAUAUUGUUAAUUUAUUUGAGAACCUUUAUUCAUUUUUAGUUGAAUGAAUUCGAUGUUAAGGUUGGUGAAGACCUUCAGGUACAAUUAAAGGCAAACGCUCAAGCACAUGCAGAUCUUGUAGCUAAAGCAGUAGACUUUACUAAAGAAGAAUUUGAAAAUCAAGUACAUGAAGAACUAUCAGCUUUAGAAAAAUUAGAACACCAAAAAUAUCAAGCACAGUUAGACUUAUUAAAAUCUGAACUUCAAAGUGUAGUUAAUAAUUUAAAAGGUAAUUAAAAAGUACAUAAUUUAAAAAAAAAAAAAAACAGUUAAGAAAUUUAGUUUAUAAAUAUAUUUUAGAACAAGCAACAAACGAGAAAAAAAUAUUUACUAAUCAAGCAAUUUGGGAAGCAGGUGAAUUUUUAAAAUCUUCUCUUGCUAGUUCGGAUAAUGAAGAACCAAUUGAUAUAAAAAAUCAAAUAAAUGCUAUCAACAAAUUAGGAGGUAUUAAUCAAAUUAUUCUGUUAUUAAGUAAUAUAUGUAUAAUAUGGUUUUUUUAGCAUCAGAUUCCGUAGUAAAACAAGUAGUAAGCGCUGUUCCAUCUAAAGCUCUAGAAAAUGGUGUUUAUUCCAAAGGCCAAUUAAAAGAAGAUUUUAAUCAAGUUGAAAAAAGAGUGUACCAAACAGCUCUUAUACCUGAUGACAGUUUCAGUUUACCAUUAAUGGUAUUCAGUUACUUUACUAGUCUUUUUGUCAUUCGUCAUUCACAUAUUUCACCCAGUGAAGUAAACAAUGAAGAAUUUGAUCCCUUAGAAUUAAAUACAUAUGAAAUUAUUGAAAGGGCUAGGUAACUAUUAUACCAUUUAAAUAAUAUUAUCAAAAUAUAUAUCUAAUAUAUCAUUUGUUGUUAUUGUUAUUCAGAUAUUGUAUUGACAGAGAUGAUAUUUUACAAGCAUUGAAAUAUUUAAACUUGCUAUCAGGUUGUUCACGAGUUGUUGCUAAGGAAUGGAUGAAAAAAGCCACUGUAUUUUUAGAAACAAAACAAGCGAUUGAUUUGUUAAUAUCUUACACUACAGUCAUAUCUUAUUCUGCUGCUCAUACUAUUUAAAUAGUGAAUUGUUAUGUUGAUGUAAUACGCAACUACGUAGUUACAUAUUUAAUGUUUCUAUUUACAUAAUUUAUUGUAUUUAUUGUGAGUUUUGUUAUUUGCUUUCCUUUAUUUCAUUGUAAAUAAAAUAUAUAAUAAUAGCACACUAAUAAUUGUUGUAAUUUGUUAAUAUUAAGUAAAUGAUUUUCAAUAAUAGGCAUAGUAGGCAGUAAAAAUUAUAACUAACGAAAAAUAUAUAAAUACUAUAGAUUAUAUCUAUUCCAGGGGAUCUA